GUAAAUAUUAACACGUCAUACAUCUUUCCAACAAUAAAAGAGUUAACACUAGACUCGUCAGAGGGAGCAUACAGAGCUAGCCCGCUGGCUUUUCGGCGUAAAAAUGUGCUGUCAAAAUGUUGGACGACGGCAAGUUUGCAUUUUUGUGUCGACAUGCAUCGCAUUCUUUGGGUUCGGAAUCUGGAGAGAAAUCUACAUUAUAACCCCGAUGGAGCUGCCAAGAAUUCGGCAUAACGUCCUGGACAUCAGACAGACAAACCGUAGCAACAACAUCAAGGUCCUCAGCAACAACAACGGUUCUCACAACAACCACGGCUGCAAGUGCAACAACAACAGCACUGGCGCCGGAGACACCGUAUCGGAGAAUGACACAGUGAAAAUUUACGAUCAGGAUAACGAAAACAACAUGAAGACAUCUCCGUGCGGUCCAGAAGUGAGGCACUUGGCGUUUGUGAAGGUGCACAAGGCAGGAUCUACGACCGUAAUGAACAUUCUGGAGAGAUUUGCCUACAAGAGAAAUCUCCUGCUGGCUCUGCCACAAAAAGCCAACAUUUUGCAUUAUGGAUUUUCAAACAUUGUACCUCGCCCGAAAAAUUCCCCCUUUGACAUGCUGAUCACUCAUGUGGACCACUACGACCGGAAACUAUUUGCCAGUGUCUUGCCCGCUGACACCAAAUAUAUCGGGAUCAUUCGUGAGCCUUUGAUGCUGAGCAUCUCGGCAUUUGAGUAUUACCACAGAAAUUACGGAUUGUACAAAAAUGUACCAGGCAAAGAGAAACUUCGGGAGUAUUUGCAGCACAGGGCAAUGUACGAGCCUAAGCAGGCGUCAAUGUCUUAUACAAACAACCGCAUGUCGUAUGAUUUUGGAUUACCGCAGAAGUCAUUCCACGAUGAAGCAGCCAUUAAGAAGUUUCUCUUCCAGCUCGACUCGGAAAUGGAUCUAGUUUUGGUCGUGGAGAAAUUCUCCGAAUCUCUGGUACUUCUAAAGCGACUGAUGUGCUGGCAGUUGAAAGAUGUAUUAUAUAUUACGAGAAACAAAAACGAUCAGAAGGACAGUGUACAUUUCUCAGCAGACGAAAUGAAGUAUCACAGAGACUUUUCAUUGGCCGAUAAUAUGCUUUAUGAUUACUUCACCAAUCGUUUGAAUGAGAAACUUCAAGCUGAAAGAAACGAUUUCCAAGAAGAGGUCGAUCUUUUAAAGUCCAUGUUGCCAAAAGUGAGCUCGUUUUGCCAAAAAGCCAGCAGUAAUAACUGGAAGACGACAGAAAGGCUAGUUUUUAACAAAACAAAAUUCAAUGACGUUUUCCAAGUCGAUCUAAAAGACUGUCGCCUGAUGCUGUUAAGGGAAUUGACUUUCGUAGAUUUGUCUCGGAGUAAGAAUUUGGAAAUAGAGCUCCUGGAUAUGCGCAAUUUACCUCCUAGUUUUUGAUAAAUUCCUAGCCCUUAAACAAAAUGCAGCUCUUUUAACUGCUCACAGUUCAGGUUCGUGCAUUUGGUAAUCUCCUAGUCCUUAAACAAAAUAGUACUCUUGUACUCUACUGGUAGUGUCCAAAUGAAAAUAGUAUUACAUAUUGUCAGCAGACAUUGUGUACAGCCUUUUUCAAGUAUUAAAUGCUUUCACAGUCAGUCAGUAAGCAUUGGCCAUUUCCAGGUGUCAAUAUUAGUGCCACUGAAUAAGGACCGUUUAAGGUGAUUUCCAAGUACAUGUAUUACAAGUUGAUAGAGCCAGUCAGCACAAACCGUUUACAGUAUUUUCCAAGUAUUAAAUGGUGACAGAGCCAGUCAACAAGAGCUGUUUACGAUCUUUUCCAUGUAUAAAAUGGUAAAACAGAUA